CGUUGCUGCUCCUGGCCUGUGGCCUGCUCCAUAAUCGCGUACCUCCUAUGCCACAUCACCUUUGCGUCAUUUUCUCGAUUCCAUCGGCUCCAUCGCUGUCGUACACCGCUCGCGGCAGAAGGGAGGUCCACACGUGAGACCUGCGCGUUGUCCUUGUCCACGGACCAAAUCGUCUUCACCUCAUUCGUCGCGUCUUGCCUCGCGCCCUCGCCUCGCUGCCAUCGCCUCCUCCAUCUCGCAGUCGCAGCGCCGUCACCGGCCUCCUCCGAGCCGGCCCUUCGGCUCCAUCCCAUGGCCCUCCUCCCCGUUAGCGGUGAAGAAGGCUCGAUGCCGUGGCCGUGUAGAAGGCAUCAGAUUUGUCGCCGGUGGCACAGGAAGGGCAGCCACCGGUGCUCGCUCAGCGCCUACCCCUUCGACGGCUUCGCUGUAGCCCGUCGCUGCCCCCGCAGGCAGCGGCGUCCGGGCUCGCAGUGGCGUCGCGCCUCCGGUCCGCGCUUUCUGCAUCGUCUCCACGAGUCCCGAUUGGGCGGCCCGUGUCGAACAAGCUGCCCAUCUUCCUGCAGCAUGGAGCGACCCUCCCCAAGCCAGUGCCGCUCGAGCAGCAAGCCAUGGUGGGCUCUCUAGAAGGACACUCACAACAAGCUGGAGGACGCUCCCAACGCCGCAGCCAAGGGCACCCAGCCCGCGCCCCCCGAGGGAUCCGCCGACGCCGCCCAGCCGGCCUCCAUCGCGAAGGCCGCGGAGGCGCUGCUCCCAUCGCUCAUCAUCUGGCCGCCGUCACAGCGCAUGCGCGAAGCCGUCAUGCGCCGCAUCGUGCAAACAGUCGCCGCGCCCAGCGUCCUCUCCCGGCGCUACGGCACUGUCCCGGAGCCUGAGGCUGAGCGUGCCGCCGCCGCCGUCCAGGCCGAGGCCUUCGCCGUCGCCUCCAAGUCCGCCGCCGGCGCGUCCCCGGCCUUCGUCAAGGAGGGGAUAGAGGUCCUCCAGACGUUGUAUUCCAGGGAGGUCAGCUGCCGCCUCCUCGAGCUCGCCAAGUCCCGGUCCGCCGCCGCCGUGGCGCCAACCGCCGAGGCCAGCACGCAGGAGGUGGAGGAAUCGUCGGUGACCGUCUCCGCCGCCCGACCGUCGUCUAAAGGUGACGGGUCCAUAUCACCGCUACAUUUACCUACUGAUAAAUCUAGAGCUACUAAAACAAAUCUCCGGAUAUCCGUCAUUGGUCCUCGGUUGGUAAUAUCUGGAGCUCCAGGUUAAUGCUCACGCCGUGCCCAUAGGUUGUUGGAAAAAUAGACAACUAUCUGAUCACAAAAUACGUACUGUGCGGGAGCCGCCGGGAAGACAAAAGGCGCAGACGAGAC